AUGGGUUGUACAUCUUCGGCGGCUUCAGAUCGUCCGUCGAAAAACGAUCCGUUACUGGAUCCGCCGCCGCCACAGGAACUGGACCCCAGAAUUCCUCUGACGGCGAGGCAGAAAUUCAGUAUUCAAAAAUCGUGGAAAGCAAUCCAGAGGAACAUGGAGGGUGUCGGCAUGGAUAUUUUUAUAAGAUUAUUUAAAGCUCAUCCUGAAUAUCAAGAUCUUUUUCCAGAAUUCAAAGGAAUGUCAGAAGAGAAACUACGUAAUAGCAUCAACUUUGAAACUCACGUGGGCAUCUUUAUGAACGUUAUUGACGAAUGUAUCGACAGCCUCGAAGAUGCGGAUCACGUGAUUAAUUUACUGACGAAAAAAGGACGUAAACACGCCAAUUACGGAGUUAAACCAGAGUUUAUCUCGGAUAUAGAAGAACCGUUUUUAGCGUCCGUCAAACAGCUACUGGAAGAUCGAUACUCUGAAAAAAUUGAAGAAAUUUAUAAAUUGACAAUUAAAUUCAUCCUAGAACACUUUAUAAAUGGCCUGAAAGAAAGUGUCGGAUAA